AAGUUAACUGCGAGCCGCACCCGCAGUUUGCGUACAAUCGAUAGCAGAUUUCAUUUCUGUCAAAUGGAUAAUGGCAGCGACGGCAAUUGAUAUGAUGUUGCAGAGCAAUGGGUUUCAAUCGAAGAAAAAGGAAGAUCCAGAAAAUAAAGACAACUUAUGGUCCUCUAUUUUGGCUGAAGUACAAAAUAGUAGCAGUAACAAACUACCCUCAAACAAGAAUAUUCUUGUCUUAGGUGAUAAUGAAAGUGGAAAAACAACACUCAUUGCUAAAUUACAAGGCGUAGAAGAUCCAAAGAAAGGUUCCGGUUUGGAGUUUGCUUAUAUUGAUGUCAGAGAUGAUUAUAGAGAUGAUCAAACAAGAUUAUCUGUAUGGGUAUUAGAUGGUGAUCCUGGUCAUGCAAAUCUUUUAAGAUUCGCAUUAAAUGCAGAAAGAUUUCCACAUACACUUGUUAUGUUAGUUGCUGCAAUGACAACUCCAUGGGCUAUCCUCGAUCAACUUCAAUCCUGGGCUGCACUUUUGGGAGAUCAUAUUGACAAAUUACCUUUAGAUAAUGAUACUUGGCAACGAUGCAGGCAAUUUAAUGUAAAAAAGUGGCAAGAUUAUACAGAACCUGGAGAUGAAUUAGAUCCUGGUAGUCCUUUAAGGCGAACUAGUCGUAACUUAGAUGACGAUACAAUGGAUAAUUUACCACUACCAGAAGGAGUACUUACAACAAAUUUAGGCCUAGAUGUUGUUGUUGUUAUUACCAAAACUGAUUAUAUGUCUACUCUUGAGAAAGAACAUGAUUAUAAGGAUGAACAUUUUGAUUUUAUACAACAGUGGAUAAGACGAUUCUGUUUGCAAUAUGGUGCAGGAUUAUUCUACACAUCAGCAAAGGAAGAUAAAAACUGUGAUUUGCUUUAUAAAUAUCUUACACAUAGAAUUUAUUCUUUACCAUUUAGAACACCUGCUUUAGUCGUCGAAAAAGAUGCAGUUCUCAUUCCUGCUGGUUGGGAUAAUAUGAAAAAGAUUAGUAUUCUUCAUGAAAAUUUGCAAUCAAUGAAACCAGAUGAUUACUAUAGAGAUGUAAUUGCACAACCAUCAACAAACAGAAAAUGUGUAGCUAGAGAAGUAGAAGUACAGGCAGAAGAAGAACAAGCUUUCUUAGCGAAACAACAAGCCGCAUUAUUAGGUAUAAAAGAUCCAACACGAUCUCCAACAACCAGGAAUCAGGCAAGCACUGGACCAGUUAUUCAGGUUGCAUCACCAAAUAAAAAGUUGGAUCCUAAAGGUACUGGAUCUGCGCAAUCUGGGGAAGGUGUUCUAGCUAACUUCUUCAAUUCUCUUCUUCACAAAAAGACUGGAAGCCCUGGAUCACCAGGUACUGUAGGUACGAGUCCGAUAAAAAUUGAUAAUGCAUCAGUAGAUAAAGCAACUAUGUGUAAUGAUGCAGCAGUGGAAUUAGAUCGACUUACUCGAACGAAAAAAAUGUCUCCUCCCAACUUAAAUUCAUCAUCUGAAUGUUAAGGAAGUAUAUUUUCUUUGCGACCCAUAUUGGGAGUUAAGUAUUGAAUUAUAAAUCAUAAAUAUCAGUUCCAUAAUAACAUUUUGAGGAUAAUUGAAUGACACUGAAUAUAAAAUAUAUCUGUGAUCUUCAUCUUCAUUUGUAAUGUUUGAAACUGAUACAGAAAUUAUUUUUAUCAUUUUGUAUUAAUAAUAUUGCAAUGCAUGUACUAAUUUGGUAAUUUAUAAUGAUCUAAAAAGAUUUUAUUUGUAUUUAUUAUAUUUUAUGUCAUUUAUUAUGAUUUAAGAUUUUUGUCAUUUAUUAAUUUAAUACAGUUGUUUUAAAAAAUACUCACAACUUUUAAUAACUUGUCAUAGUUAUAAAAUACUUACAAGAAAUUUUUAAUCAAUAACUAAUCAUAUUGUGCAAAGCACAAAUAUUCAGACGAAUUUAUUUAAAUAGAAAUAUAUACAUAUAUAACAAUGUAUUAAUAUUUUAUGAAAUUUUGUUAUAAAAUACUGUAUCAAUUUAUGAAAUGAAGCACAAUUGUAUAAUCUAAAAUAAUUUUUUCUUUAGUCUUUUAAAGUUAUAAUUUUCUUUAGGUUGUAGAUUGCACAUUUUUUAUUUAUAAUUAUAAUUUGCACAUUCCUAGUGUUAUGGUUCUUUUGGUAUUAAGAUUUUUGACGUAGUACUAAUUCUUUGUUAUGAAUGUGCAACAAAAAUUUUAAUCACACUUAAAUGGGUCGCAAAGAAUUGGAAUUAAUUUAUAAGAACAGUUGAAUUUGAUUCAGAAACGAAUAUGUUACUGAGAAACAGAAAAUAACGAAGUGUCACACAACCUAUCAAUGAUUUCGUUUGUUAUAUCUGACUGUCAGUAACAAUACAAAGUUACAGCUAGAGAGUUAUUGAAUUAACGUAAUUAAAUAUUUAAUAUAGUAAUACAUUCAAUUAUGCUUACGCACAUGUCCCUACAGCUCGUUAUAGUAAAUUAUUUAAUAAUCAUCCAUGAAGGAUGUAAGGAUUUUUUUACUGCUCUUCAAUGCUUUCAUUUCAUUUCCUAAUAAAUAAAUAAUUCUAUUUAUACAAUAUUGUCCUCGUUAAUAAAAGUUGGCUGAAUAAUUUUCUCUUGUAUUCGGUCUAAUUUAUAAAGUGCCGUUACUGUAACGUAAAUGGGCCAUACGAAUGUGUGAGAUAGUAUUUUAUAUGAAUGUUAGAUUUAGAAGAGAUUUCUCAACCAAGGACACGGGCUUGUCUUUGGUUUGAAGAUAAUUCGUGGUAUGAAUUUUGGAGUGUACAGUUACAAGGCGAGUGAAACUUCUUUGUCAAAUUUUAAAAGAAUUUUAUGUAAAAGAGAAGAAUCUGUAAAUUCAGUUAUUAAUGUGGCUUUUCUGUAUAUGAAGUAAUUAAAAUUCCUGAUCAAAAAUAAAUAAUUUUUCAUAAA